UAGAAGAGUUGAAUUAUACAAUAAUGAUGAUCAAAAAGCCUCAUGAAACAACUUGACUUGACGUCAGAAAUCCACAGUAAACUUUAAUCAUUUCUAAUAAGCAGGUGUUUUAGGAUAUAAAAAUUUUAAAGAGAUAUAUCAUAAUAUCAGCCUAUGGUUCUCCACUGCUGGUCAUAAGCUUUUUUUAGUCUUAUGUCCAGCAAUAGAGAAGCAUUCAAAAGGUGCAACCUAUAUUUUAUACUUUAGAGAUUGUGUAUAGGGACAUUACAAUCUAGUUCAUCAUUCCCUAUUUUACCACAGAGCAACGAGACGCCAUGACAAAUAGCAUCCUUUUGUGGUCGAGGUCCAGUCAACGUUUUGCAUCAACGAUUUUAAUAAGAAUUGCUAAGAUGUGAAAUGCUCUUCCGGCGUCUGUGUUUCCUGACACGUACAACUUGAUCACCUUCAAGGCAAGAGUGAAUAGGCAUCUUCUAGGCACUUUAUCUUGGACCUCAUUAUUGCUUUCUAUUUUGAUUGCAGUCAAGCGUAAGCAAAAGAAUAUGAAAAAAAUGAAUGAAAUGAUAGCGUGUAUUCACGUACAACACACGACCGUGUCUACAACAAAGCUGCACAUUUUUUUUUUAAAGUUAUUUUUCUUGAAAAUGAAAAUUUCUGGUGAUGAUAUGGUACUUGUCGUAGGAGAUUAAAAACUUUAAGUGAGCGCCAUAUUUGCGCAUACAAAAGAGAAAAAUUUUAGUAAUAUUUUGUUUUAGCUUAGUUUAUUUCAUUACUUUUUGUUAGUUAAGUUAAGGGGCGUUUAUUUAUAAUGGUGUCACGGUUGGCAAAUCAUUUAGUAUAAUAUUAUAUUCAAAAGAAUAUAAUAUGCAGCAGCAUACUCGUAUAAAUUUAUCGAAGCCGGCAGAGUGUUCGUAGUAUUCCAAAUUUAGAUUCGUUCCGUACAAAGACAUUAAAUUGUACCUAGUAGGUACAACAUAAUGGCGUUGGUUACAUCACGUAUUUUUUUUUAUUUAUUCAGAAAAAAUCAACUGCUAAUACAAUAAGUCGAUGCUUAUAUUUAUGUACAUUAUUAGAUUAAGUGAAGCUACUAAGGGAUUUUUACAACGUUCACAAUUGUUAAACCGACUUCAAUAAAAGGAGGAGGUUCUCAAUUCGAGUCCAUGUUUUUUUUGUAUGUAUGUUUUCUAAUUACUCGAAGACUUCUGGGCCGAUUUGUAUAAUUAUUUUUAGUUAGAAAAACAUAAAACGUAGCGAAUAAACCUAAAAGGGAAAAAUAACCUCAUAGUAUGCGCUAACUUCUUAGUUAAGUUUGAAGGCGGUGUUAAACCGAUUCGUGUUAAUUUAAGCCGUAUCUGAAAGAACACUGUCUGAGAAAUCUAAUCUUUAUGAUAUUCUUACAUGGCUCGACCUAAUAAAUCAUCGAGUUAGCACCGCCUUCAAAAUGAUCAAUAGUUAGAACAUAAUAUUAUGUUAUUUUUUGCUUUUUAGUUUAGUCGGUACGGUCAGUUCUGUGUAAGUUUUACUUCAGUGUAUGGAAUAGGAAAAAAACAAUGUGUCAAGAAAAAUCCCCUGAUUAUUAUUAAAAAGUUUGAGCUUGGGUAUGACCGCAAAAAAUGCUGUUUUAUUAUCCAUCACCAUCAUUAUCAGGCCAUUUUAACGACCAGGGCCAGGCCUUAAUUUGUACCUCAUACAAGUAAGCCUGCUUUCAUCGAAGACUGCAUCGUCACUUAACAUCAGUUAAGAUCACAGUUUAGAUAAAAAAGUCAAUAGGUCCAAAGGCAAAAAAAAACAGCGGAAAUUCAAAAUUUAUUAUUUUACAUGUAAAGAAACUCCUUCUUUUUGUAUAUCUGUUAUUAAAUUCACUAUAACUCAGGUAAGGUAAGGACAAUGCAAUAAAUUACUCUUUAUCUUUAGUUGAUUAUGUUGUUUGUUUAAUAUGAAUAUUAUGUAAGCCUAUAAAAGAGCAAAACUCAAUUUGUACAAUACAUUAUUAAUGUCUUGCAGUAUAUCAAGUCAACUGUGUAAAAUGUUUUUUCUUUUCGUGUUUGUGAUUAUAUGUUGUUUAGUGUAUUAUUAUUUUACAAGAACUUUUAAAUACUGGCAAUCGAGAAAUGUUCCCGGUCCGAAACCUCUGCCUUUUUUUGGCAAUUUCAAGGAUUUUGUUUUGAGAAAAUCAACUACUGCCGUAGAACUUAAACGGAUUUACGAUGCCUUUCCGAACGAGAAAUUUGUGGGAUUUUAUAGAAUGACAUCACCUAGUUUGUUAAUAAGAGACUUAGAUUUGGCUAAGACAAUUUUGAUUAAAGAUUUUGACACUUUCGAUGACCGCGGCACGGAAUUGAGUAAAAAGGGCUUAGGAGCGAAUAUGUUUCAUGCGGAAUUUGAUAUAUGGAGGCCACUAAGAACUUUAUUUUCACCUCUAUUUACAAUUGGUAAAUUAAAAAAUAUGGUCCAUUUAAUCAAUGAAAGAGGUGACGUAUUCGUGAACCAAAUCAAGAAAAUCACAGAAGUAGAAACAGAGCAAGAAGUAUAUACACUCGCUCAAAAGUUUACAAUGUCAUCUAUUUUCGCUUGUAUAUUUGGACUAGAUAUUAGUUCAGAUGACGACUUACUCAUAGAAAAAAUGAUAAAAAUUGACAAGAUGUCUUUUUCGAGGAACAUAGCACAUGAGAUUGACUUGCUAUACCCUGGUGUGCUAAAAAAGUUUAAUGCUUCGGUUUUCACAGAAGAACUCGCGAAUUUUUUUAUCGGUUUGGUUAGGGAUAGUAUAGAAGGUAGAAAUGGUAUGCCGUCUAAUAGAAAAGAUUUCAUAGAUUUAGUGUUGGAACUAAAAAAUCAAGGAAAUAUUUUAGAGACCAACAAAACCAAAGAUGAAAGUGCAGUUAACUGUAUCCAAUUGACUAACGAAGUGAUAGCUGCUCAAGCGUUUAUAUUUUAUGUAGCUGGUUACGAAACUAGCGCUGCUACUAUGGCACUCAUGUUAUAUGAACUAGCCAUGAAUCCUCCGAUACAAGAUAAGAUAAUUACUGAAAUUGAGGAAGUAUUAAACCGACAUAAUGGAAAUAUAACGUAUGAUACAAUGAGUGAAUUGUCGUACUUAGAAAAAGCUUUUAAUGAAACUCUUCGAAAAUAUCCUGUUGUAGAGAUACAGCGACGUGCAAAAGCAAAUUAUAACAUACCUGGAACGGACAUAACUAUUGAGAAAGGGACGAUUGUAUUUGUGUCAACUUUAGGUAUAAGUCACGACGAGAAGUAUUACCCAAAUCCUGAUAAAUUUGAUCCAGAGAGAUUUUCCCCCGAAAAUGAAAGUAAAAGACAUCCUUGUGCGUAUAUACCUUUUGGUACCGGUCCUCGAUUCUGCAUCGGAAAGCUUAUUGGAAAACUCCAGAGUCGCCUGUGUGUGGUAAAGCUAUUGCACAAUUACCGCGUCGAAGUGUCUAAGAAAACACCUAACACCAUCUCGUUUGAUCCAGAGCGCGUUGUUCUUGCACCAAAGGGAGGGAUAUACUUGAAUCUUAUCCCACGAAAGAAGUAAAAAGAAGUGACAAUUUUAUUCAUUAGCGAUUCAAUAUUUUUAUGAUAUGAAGUGACGCAAUAUCAAAAAGAUUUUUUGAUUGUAAGGGUCAGUUCACAACGAGACCAGUUGUAGACCACCGAUGGUUCCUUUUUUUUUAUUCUUUACAAGUUAGCCCUUGACUACAAUCUCACCUGAUGAUAAGUGAUGAUGCAAUCUAAGAUGGAAGCGGGCUAACUUGUUAGGAGGAGGAUGAAAAUCUACACCCCUUUCAGUUUUUACAUGACAUCGUACCGGAACGCUAAAUCGCUUGGCAGUACGUCUUUAUCGGUAGGGUGGUAACUAGCCACGGCCGAAGCCUCCCACCAGCCAAAAUGAGAUAUACUUACUGCUGGAAAUUUAUAGCGAUCCCGUUAUGGGCUGAUAGUAGGGAUUAACAGCUAACAAAUUAUUUUGGUGUACAUGAGCACAAAUAUAGAUUUCAAAAAAUCUCUUUUUUAAUUCUUUUAAAAAGUUGAUGGAAUAUUUUUUUCUAUAUACCUGAGGUCAGUGAUACUUAAGCAUCCCUAUUAAAACCUUAAGACACUUAGAUAUAGAGACGUGAUAGCCCCGUGACGCGUGCCUGAGGCUGAACAAGACGAGGUGAUGCAGUGGUAAGAUAAGCGUUGUACGUCAGUAAACUGGCCUGGGCUGGACAUGGAUUAUUCUGCAUGCACUGUGUAAUAUGAACUGCUUCAUACAAAAUGUAUUUAACGUAUCAAAUCUGUGCCCUGGCCGGACGACGUACAUGGCACGCCCCAGGCGCGACCCGGUCUAAUAUAAAUCAUCCCUUAAAAGGAUCGCUAAACAUUUCCAGUAACCAUUUCCAUUUCCUGCAUAUACUUUUGUUAAUCACCUCUGUCCAAAAAAGUACGCACCGCGUCGCGUCUCAGUGUGAACUGACCCUAAUUUUCGUAAUAUUAGCUGUAAUUUAGUCUUAAUUAAAAUAUGUACACGAUUGUUAUAAUAUUAUAAUGUUA